CGGGCUUGAGGGUUCUUGCAAGGCCCAUUGCACAUAUAUAUUAUACAACCCUAGUUAGGGUUUUAUUGAGAGUCAGUUUUGCUCCCGUCGCCACACACCAGAAGCUGCAGCAAUGGCUCCCAAACGAGGUGGAAAGGCUCCAGUUCUAGCUUCAAAGAAGAAGCCUGAGAAGGUUACGAAUCCGCUGUUCGAGAAGCGCCCGAAGCAGUUCGGGAUCGGAGGUGCGUUGCCUCCGAAGAGAGACCUGACUCGGUUCGUGAAGUGGCCGAAGACCGUUCAGAUUCAGAGGAAGAAGAGGAUUCUCAAGCAGAGGCUGAAGGUUCCCCCAGCUUUGAACCAAUUUACCAAGACUCUUGACAAAAACCUAGCAACCAGCCUGUUCAAGAUACUUUUGAAGUACCGGCCAGAGGACAAAGCAGAAAAGAAGGAGAGGCUCUUGAAAAGGGCUCAGGCUGAGGCUGAAGGCAAAACUGUUGAAGCUAAGAAGCCUAUUGUUGUGAAGUAUGGUCUCAACCAUGUUACCUACCUUAUUGAGCAGAACAAAGCACAGCUGGUUGUGAUUGCUCAUGACGUAGAUCCAAUUGAAUUGGUUGUCUGGCUUCCUGCUUUGUGCAGAAAGAUGGAAAUUCCAUACUGCAUUGUGAAGGGAAAGGCACGCUUGGGAACGGUUGUCCAUAAGAAAACUGCAUCUGUUUUGUGCCUGACAACUGUUAAGAAUGAAGAUAAAUUGGAGUUCAGCAGAGUGUUGGAGGCUAUCAAGGCUAACUUCAAUGACAAAUAUGACGAGUACAGGAAGAAGUGGGGUGGUGGAAUCAUGGGAUCCAAAUCCCAAGCCAAAACCCGGGCAAAGGAGAAGCUUCUUGCCAAGGAAGCUGCUCAGAGGAUGUCUUAGGAGGAGUUUCUUACAUUUUGUUGCUUUGCGAAUGCUCUUUUGUGUGUUUUGUUUAUUUGUGUUACUUUAUUUUACUUAUUGUCUCCAUAAAAACAUUUGUUAUUCACAUGAGCUAGAGUAUUUCAUUAUGAUCUUCUGCCGAUUGCCCCAAUCCUUAUCCCUUGAAUACUUUUCAUUUUGUUUCGAGUACUUCAUGAAGGAACUGCAUUAGGAUGUAAUUGCAUUGCAUCCAAUUUUUUA